AUGCACUUGCGGUCGGGGUACAUUAUUGCCAUGUCAACACAGAAAUGGACUGGCCAGAAGUUUGACGACAAGGGUAAUGUGCUACCAUUUCCAGGCAACACCAUCAUCUGCCACCUCCUACGGGACAGCGAAUUAUACAAAGCGCUUUUACCAAUUCAUGAAAUACUCCAGAAGAGCAGAUUCACCAAAUUCUACACUCUUCUUCCACCGCCGAGCUGGCACAUGACCGUCUUUGAGGGUGUUUGCGAUCAGCGGCGCAAGCGUGAGGUGUGGCCCCAGGAGCUGCCGCUUGAUGCACCACUGCAAAGCUGUCAUGACCUCUUUCGCGAUAAGCUUUCCACAUUUGACCUUUGCGUUCAGCCUUCCCUGAAACUGUCUGUUACCGGACUGGUGAUGAGCAAGGCUGGAAUUCGCCUUGACCUAGCCGCCGUUGACGAUGCUGAAGAGAAGCGCUUACGAGGACUCCGUGAUCGACUGUCUGAUCUGUUGCAAAUCCGGGCUCCAGGUCAUGAGACGUAUGUUUUCCAUCUGGCUCUCGCAUAUAGAAUCGUUGCUGUUAGUAAGGCAGAUGGCGAGGCUCUCACAAUGCUGCUUCAGAAGGGAUACGAGACUAUUCCUCAUGAGUUUGAGCUUGGCAUGCCCGAAUUCUGCCACUUUGACGACAUGUUUGCAUUUCAUCGGCAGUUCUAUCUCAAAGAACAAAGUUAA